ACAGGGUACUCCAGGCUCUGUGUGUCUGUCACUGGAGCCAAGGAGGGUGGGAGGGCUUUCCUCAACUCAUCACAUCAUAGAUUUACCAGUUCCUCUCGUCUUCUUCUGUCAUUAUCUUCCAUCUCCUGUCUCCUGUGACUCACUGCAUUUUUUUCUUUCUGUUUUAAAUAACAUCUUUGCUUUAAUCUGGGUCUGAGUCUUAACUUCUCAAGGACGGUCUGCGUCAAUAUGGUCAGCAUCAGUUUGCAGCGCACUGAAGAACACCAGCACAACCGGAAUUAAAUCGUCCGAACUGACAACUGGAGGAGCGUUUUCACCUGUCAUUUUGCAAAGGACUCGUCAGCCGCAUCUACCUUCCUUCCUCUUCCACAACUUCUCCCAAGCUUUUCGCUGCCGAAGCUUGUGCACCCCUCCAUGCUGACAGAGAGAGUCCCUGUCGGCCUGAUGUCCUCGGUUGUAGCCCCGCAAAAACCCACCUCCAACGCCAUGGGCCCCAAAGAGGUGGAGCUGAUCCUUGUAAAGGAGCAGAACGGGGUCCAGUUCACCUCCACCACCUUAGUGGCUCCAACCCCGACUCAGACCAACCCCAGUGGGGAGGAGGAGAGAGAGACCUGGGGGAAGAAAAUUGACUUCCUCCUGUCGGUCAUUGGGUUCGCCGUGGACCUCGCCAAUGUCUGGAGAUUCCCCUACCUCUGCUACAAGAACGGAGGCGGUGCUUUCUUGGUGCCAUACCUGUUCUUCAUGGUGAUAGCAGGCAUGCCUCUCUUCUACAUGGAGCUGGCUCUGGGACAGUAUAACAGAGAGGGCGCAGCAGGCGUCUGGAAGAUCUGUCCCAUAUUUAAAGGCGUGGGCUUUACAGUGAUCCUCAUUUCACUCUACGUUGGUUUCUACUAUAACGUCAUCAUCUCCUGGGCGCUGUUCUACCUCUUCUCCUCAUUCACCGGCGAGCUGCCCUGGGUCCACUGCAACAACACCUGGAACAGUCCUAACUGCUCCGACUGGGCUGACAACAGCUCAGUCAGUGACCUUGACAAGGUCACUCCUGCCCAGGAGUACUUUGAACGAGGGGUGCUCCACAUCCAGGACAGUAAUGGUAUUGAUGACCUGGGUCGUCCGCGCUGGCAGUUGACUUCCUGCCUGGCUGUGGUGAUUGUUCUGCUCUACUUCAGUCUCUGGAAGGGAGUCAAGACCUCUGGCAAGGUUGUGUGGAUCACAGCCACCAUGCCCUAUGUGGUCUUGACUGUGCUGCUGCUCCGCGGAGUCACUCUGCCCGGAGCCAUCGAUGGCAUUAAGGCCUACCUCUCUGUGGACUUCCUGAGACUCUGUGACGCCAAGGUCUGGAUUGAGGCAGCGACACAGAUCUGUUUCUCGCUGGGAGUGGGGUUUGGUGUGCUAAUUGCCUUUUCCAGCUACAACAAAUUCAGCAACAACUGUUACAGAGACGCCAUCAUCACCAGCUCCAUCAACUCUUUAACCAGCUUCUUCUCCGGCUUCGUGGUCUUCUCCUUCCUUGGUUACAUGUCCCAUAAACACAACGUGGCCCUGGACAAAGUUGCCAGAGAUGGUGCUGGGUUGGUGUUUGUCAUUUACCCAGAAGCCAUUGCAACAUUACCUGGGUCAUCAGUGUGGGCAGUUAUCUUCUUCAUCAUGUUGUUGACACUGGGCAUUGACAGUGCUAUGGGCGGGAUGGAGUCGGUGAUCACAGGGCUGAUCGAUGAAUUCAAAUUCCUCCACAAGCACAGGGAGCUGUUCACCCUCUUCAUUGUUGUUGCCACUUUUCUCAUCUCCCUCUUCUGUGUGACAAAUGGUGGGAUGUAUGUGUUCACUCUGCUGGACCACUUUGCAGCAGGAACAUCGAUUCUCUUUGGAGUGCUCAUUGAAGCCAUCGGCAUCGCGUGGUUCUAUGGAGUGGAUCGUUUCAGUGAUGACAUUGAGGAGAUGAUUGGCCAGCGACCAGGCAGGUACUGGAGGCUGUGCUGGAAGUUUGUCAGCCCCUGCUUCCUCCUGUUUAUGGUGGUGGUGAGUUUUGCCACGUUCAACCCUCCGAACUACGGCUCCUACAUGUUUCCUCCGUGGGCCAACAUGGUGGGGUGGUGUCUGGCUAUCUCCUCAAUGUCCAUGGUGCCUCUCUAUGCCAUCUACAAACUCUGCACUCUGCCUGGAAAGUUUUGCGAUAGGCUGGCUUAUGCCAUCACCCCAGAGACAGAGCAUCAUUUGGUCGACAACGGGGAGGUUCGGCAGUUCACUCUGCAUCACUGGUUGGUGGUCUGAGACCUACAGAGAGAGAGAGAGAGAGAGAGAGAGAAAGAGAGUGAUAGAGAGAGAAAGAGUGAGAGAGAGAAAAUGAGAGUAUGGACAUUGGGUGGAUGAAUGCAUGCACAGCAAAGGCCUGAAGAGCUAAGAGGAAGAGAGAAACAGCCAUUUAAAUUGAUCAGUGUUGGUGGCGGUGGUGGUUGUGGGAGCUGUUUAAAAGUGCCGAAGGAAAAAAAAAAAAAAAAAAACCCAUAGAAAAUGUAGUGUUCUUUAAUUUCAACAGUGGAUGUGUGAAGCUGUGCAUUGACCCUCUCCACCAUUGUGUCGACACUGGUGAAUGGGAUUCAGUCAAACAGGUCAUGUGGUGUUUCAGCCUGCUACUUCCAUAAAUAGGAAAUAAAAAAAAAAAUGUCACCUUGAAGGCAUGCCGUGUAACUUCUAGCCUGUUGGUUAGCUUCACUUUGCUCUUGUAACAGUGUGAAACCCAUUCUUAGAUUUUCUUGUAUUACCCAUUCAUAACAAGGAGCAGUGAAAGCCACAGGUGUGGAAGGAUACAGACUGGUUCACCAUGGCAUUUCUUGGGGGUGAGAACUUAGACUACAAUUUUGUUAAUGUACAUGAGGCGUAGACGUUGAGGUGCUACACAUAACAAUAGGAAGUUUUGUUUUAUUUUAUUUUUGAUUAUGUUUGAUUAGUUAAUGACAUUAGCAGUAGACAGCUUUUUAUUUAUUUUUUUAAAUUAUUUUCAUAUAGUUAUUCUGGAUUAAGACUGAGCAGACAUCUACUGAAUGCCAUACGUGUUACUGAAUCCCAGUCCAUUUUUCAUUUGUGUAAUUAUUUAUUCACUUGCUCUUCUUAAAGACUGUUAUGAUUUUAUGUCACAGACUUCUGUAAGCUUUGAAAAAAAAAGACACUUACUUUUGUUUACAUCAAAAUAAUUUAAAGGAAAGAACGGCUGCUACAUCAGUAGACCAAAAUGACAUCAUUUGAAUAAAUUAAAACCAUGUCUGGCUCCAUUUUUUGUUUUCAUAAACACAAAGGACUCAUCAGUUACAAAUCAAUAGAAUUGAUUGUCUGAAAAUAAAAGUCACUUCCUCUUGCUGUGUCCCUGCAUUUAGUUACAUUGGAUGGACAAACAGAAACACAAUCCUUUUAAAAAAUAAUAACGUGGGUCCUAAAAUUAAAAAAAAAAACAUACUUGAACUGAACUGUCACUGCUACAGUUUAAAAUUUCUGAGGUGCACAUAAUCAGACUGAAAUAGUUUGAAACAGCUGGAGCCCUUUCAACCUAAUAAGUGAACAAAAACUCCACUCAGCUUCUACACUGAAAACACAGCAUCAUCAGCCAGGCCGCUGAUUUAAUCAACCAAAGACGAAAAUGAACUCAGAAAUUCAGAUAUCACGUCCUCAUAUGAGAAUAUUUUAUUUACUUUAUUUAAUCAGUAGACCACUUGAUUGUUAACUUUAUCAUACCAGGUUUAUCUUUCUCCCCCAUUAUAACAAAAUAGUGCCAAUGCAAAUUUUCCUUUUAUUUUUAUAUAAUUGGAGAUUUGUUGCCUGUUUUUUUUUCCCCCUCCCCCUCAGAGUUUCAGGUUGUGAUUAGGAAGCUAUGACUGUCACAUUUCCUCCAGAAAGCAUAAAGCUUUAAUUUUACCGUUUACAGACUCUUAUUCAGUAUUUCAAGACUGUUUAAAACGCUGCUUUUUAUUGAACUGCAAAUGAAUAGUGUGUAAUGUAAUAUAUGAAGUAAUUAAAGUUAUAUAUCUGUGUAAGUAAAUGUAAUGUAGAGGGGCUUGUAUUGUAUUGUAUUGUAUGAUAUUUAAUAACAAGACCAACAAGAUAAUACAGUAUAUGGAGAUUAUUGCUUUGUUACUGUGAAGUUGAUACAUAUUAGCCUUAAUGAUCUUGAUGAGAAUUACAUGGAAAAUCCAUAUAAACUCUUUCUGUUUGAUCAGAAACUAUAAAACCCUUCUCACCUUGUGGUACAUGUAACAAACUGAAGGGUUAAUUAUGUCCCAAAUUGUAUGCCUGUGCUGCUGUACUGUGCCUUGUGGUGUAUGACAUUGUUUUGUACUGUCAAAUAAAGUACGAUGAAUUCAAUUAUUACAUUUAAAAUGCACAAUCCGCCAACCCCCUUUCUUGCUCUGUUUUAUAUUAUAAUUAAAUUAAUAUUCUCUGUGCCACUUUCAAGCCCUUUCUCUUUAGCACUCCACUAGUUUUUAUGGAAGGUCAAAACUGCCUCCUUGCACUUUUGGCAUCAAGUCAUUUAGCCAAAAAGAUUAAAAAUUAAAAUACCAGUUGUUGUUCCUGGGGAUAUUUCAUCACUGUGCUUACAUUUUGGCAGUUGCAUGAAGUUUUAACAUUUUCUAUGAUCACAUGAUUCAUGUUGCUGAGUCACUGUACACUACUCCUCACUGUUUAAUUAGAUACUAAUAAACAAAGCUAUUAUUGUGAA